AUGCCCACAGCAGUAACAAAUGCAACGGGAAAUUCGGCUGGUGCUAAACUGAGGUGUUUGUACACGAAUGCUCAAAGCCUCAUAUCGAAACUAGACGAACUAAAACUUUGCCUUGUUGAGCUGUCUCCAGAUGUUUUAGCAGUAACUGAGACCUGGCUGUCCGGGAAUAUUAGCGAUAACGAAGUAGCCUUGCCUGAAUACCAAAUUUAUCGGAGGGACAGAGAACAUCGUCAGGGUGGUGGUAUUGUUGUGUAUGUGAAUGACAGUCUGGCAGUGUCGGAUAACACCACCAAGUUUGCGUGCAAUACGGAAGCUAUCUGGUUGACCAUCAAGGCUACCGGUUCCCCGUGUCUCGAUAUCCUCACUGUCUACCGACCACCUCGGACAGACCGAAUCGCCGGCACUCAACUAUUGGAGCAGUUGGAGAAAUUUUCCAGUCGACCUAACAUCAUGAUCAUGGGCAACUUCAACGCACCAUGA